AAACUGACAGUAUAAGAAACAUUACGUGGUAGAUUUAAUCUGGAUUUACUUUGUGCACCAUUUUGACCACGAAAAAAUUUGAAUACAAAAAUGAAUAUUAAGUAUUUUAUUUUAUUAUGUGUAACAUAUUAUAUUCCAGCGAUAAAUUCUAUAGAGGAUGAGGAAAUAACUUAUCUAUGGAACGCAAUAAAAAAUGGCGAAAACAACUUUAUAACGUGGUCUGACUUAGUUGGAUAUUAUAGGGCCGAAGGAAAUGAAUUUCUUUCCGUAACAAAUAAAUUCGGAACCAUAUGUACAAAUGAUAAAGGUAAAAAAAGAAACCAGAAUUACUUUAGCCAAAUUUAUCGAGGCCGUAAAUUUAGGCCAUAUACCAAGAUGGUCCAUACCUGUGAUGCGUAGAGAAUUUAACAAAAUUGCCUCAAUAGGAAAAUUUGGAUACCAAAUAACUAUCGAGGACAUAAAAAAAUAUGAUGUGGAAAAAGAAUAUACUUCAGAGGAACUCGAUGAUAUUAUGACUGAUUACGGAGUUUCGUCGGAAGGAGAAAGAAAACUAUUUUUCCGUGGCUUUAUAAUAGCAGUGAACACAGAAUAUUUUCCAGUAAUUGACUUAAAUCUCCGUCUUUGCGUGUUGAAAUGCAAAGGAAACAGUCGUCAAUAAGGCGUAGUCACCAUAAUAAUAUAAACCAAUUCUAUCAAAUAUUUCUAUUACCUAUUAUUAUUAUAGUUAUUAAAAUAUUACUUUUUGAUUUCAUACAAAUUUAUAAUU